AUGUUUAUGAAAAAUUCUAUGCUGAAAGCAACAUUUGAUAGUUUUAAAGACUUUUAUACUCAUCGUCAUAAUGGCCGAAAAUUAAUUUUGCUUGAUCAAUAUUCAAAAGGCGAAGUACAAACAUGUUUUACUAUACAGAAAUAUACAUUGCAAGUAUCAAUAUAUCAAAUGAUUGUAUUAUUAUUAUUUAAUGAAGAAUUAAAUUGGACAGUUGAACAAAUACAAAAUAGAAUACACAUUCAAACUGAAUUAUUACUUCAAGUUCUUGUUAGUUUAUUGAAAAGUAAAAUAUUAUUUUCGAAAGAAAUUACUGAAGAUUUUCAAGAUAGUAAUAUUAAAAUGAAUCAUAAAAUUGAAUUAACGAAAGAUUUUAUAUGUGAAAACCUCCGAAUAAAUCUGAAUGUAGAAUUAAAAUCAACCAAACAAAAAGAUUUGAAAUAUUUAAACGAAUUGAUCGAUGAAGAUCAUAAAUUAGUUAUUCAAGCAGCUAUUGUUCGAAUAAUGAAACAACGACAAAAUUUAAAAUAUUCAUUAUAA